AUGGCCAUGAGUAAAGCGGUCCGGUUGUGGAGCGGCCAUCUUAGGCAGUGGUCCAGCGCGAGGACAUCCCUCGCGGUGGUUCGUCCUUUGGCGGUGGACGUACGGCGGAACAACUCGAGCGCAAGCUUGCAGGAAAAGCUGGCGACAAGAAGCGUCCAGCGGCACGAUUGGAACCGGGCCGUUAGUGAGGCGGAAAAGAUCGUCGGCUAUCCGACCUCGUUCCUGAGCCUGCGGUGGCUGCUGAGCGAUGAGAUUGCCAACGUGGCUCUGCAUCUUCGCAAGCUGGUCGGUAGCAACCAUCCGCUGCUGAAAACCGCCAAGACGCUCAUUUACAACGACAAAAACCAGCAGGCAUGGGGACUGAUCGUACUGCUGGUGUCGAAGGCGGCUGGCCACGUGGACACGAUCCCGGACAUGGAGCAGGAUAAGAGCGCUGGAGUGUUGCAUUCGCAGCGAACAUUGGCGGAAGUCACGGAGAUGAUGCGUACGUCCCAUCUCGUCCACCAGGGUAUGCUUAAUUUGCAGUCGUUUGACAAUGCCGGCAACGAUCUGAGCGGUGACAGUGAUAUGAUCUUUGGCAAUAAGAUCGCCCUGCUCGGUGGUGAUUAUCUGCUGGCGAACGCUUGUCAGCAGGUGGCCACUUUGAGGAAUCAGGAUCUUAACAUGCUCAUUUCGUCGGCGUUCCGUGAUUUGGCGGAAUCGAACUUUAUCGGUGAGCGUGAUGAGCAGAACAAUCCGCUGCCGACGAAACCGAACGCAAGCGGGAAGGAGUUUGUGACGGAUGUGAACAGUCUGGAGGAUUUGGGAUUCGGUGAUCUGGAGGACAAUACCGAACCGAUGAAGAUCGAGAACGUCGUUGGCAAUCCAGAGAAGGAGUGGUCCUUGCGACACGUGCUCGGUGGAGGAAGUUUGCUCGGAAAAAGCUGCCAGGGCGCUAUGAUGCUCGGUGGCCACCCGGAAUCGCUGCAGAAGCAGGGCUAUCAGUUCGGGAAGCAUCUGGCGCUGGCCUGGCAGGCUUGUAUCGAUCUGCAACCGUUCCUGCUGCCAAAGUUGCCACUGGGUGCCCAGUUCAGUUUGAUAUCGGCACCGGUACUGUUCCACCUGGAGCAUGACGCCUCGCUGUACGACGAGAUCGAGAAGGGUCGCAAAUCCGUCGAUAACAUCGACUACGUGACACUCCACGAAGCGAUUGCGCAAGGACCGGGAAUGGAGAAGACGAAGAUUCUCCAGCGCAAGCACAGCAUCGCGGCAAUGAAGGUGUUGAACGAGCUGCCGUCUACGGACGCCCGGAGAGCUUUGCAGAACAUCAUUCUGGCCAUGCAAGAGCUGUAA